AUGCGAACCACCGCUGCUUUGUCCGCCAUCUUGGCUGCUUCUGCCGUCACUCAGGCCGCAGUUGUCACUACUGAGCCUCAGAUCACGACUGUAUCAUCAGCAUCAUCAGCAUCAUCAGUAUCAUCCGUCGUCCCUCCUCCGCUGUCUACCGGACACACUGGUCACCACGGCAAUGGAACUACCAUCACUGUUCCCUGCUCAACUCCUUAUCCCAUCUCUUCAAGUGCAUCGGGAGCUCCCAUCCCUUCAGGAAACUCCACUGGUAUCCUGACCACCGGCACUGGUCUUCCUCCAGUUCCCACCACCACCAACACUGCCGUGCCUACCGCCGGCGCUGCGUUGACCACCCAAAAUUCCAUGUUGGCUAUGGGUGUUGCCGUCGUCAUGGCUUCGUUGAUGCUGUAA